GUGAACUCGUGAAAUCUCGCGUUGACUUGAAUAUAGCACCGUUACCACAGCGACAUCAAACUUUGAAGGAGUCAAGCAAUGAACGCUGCAAACAAAAAUCAAGAAAAAGAGGACGAGGACUUGCCGGCUGACAAUGAAAGCGACUUUAAACACAAAGAAGGUUCUUUAGAAGACGAACGGAGUUUAACAGAGGGGGAAGAAUACGUAGAAGCAGCGACAGGCAUGACAGAAACCCUUAACUGUUUUCAAACUGAGUGGACCGAGAUGGUGCAGAAAGGGCUGGUGGAUGCAGACAGAGUGGACGUGGUACCGGACGUGUACACUGAGAACCAGCGUCUGGAAAGGGAGCUGAAACAUGCCCGGCGGGAGAGAGAGGAGUACCGGCAGGCGGUGUCAGUCGCAGCUGAGACGCUGGUGAGGGCGCAGAAAGCCAGAGACCUCCAGAGACUGCAUCAUCAGCGUGUCAUCCAGGAGAAAAACAGGCUCAUUGAGGAGAUGAGGAAAGUCAAAGUGCAGUGCGACAGCUACGAACCUGCUUUAAAGCGAAUGAGUGAAAAAUACCAGGCAGUUUCGAGGCAGGUGUUGCUGGGGGCUUUGGAGAAGGACAAAGCAUUAGGACAGGAGAGCCGCCAGUCAUCUGAGCAGGAGUCCCUUAUCUGUGGGGAUGAGGAAGGAACGAUGAAGACUACAGGAAAGCCAGGUGUCAGGGAGCGUCCAGUGACCCAGCCAAGACCUCCGGCAUCUCCACGGUGUCCUCGGAGGCAGAACAGGGUGCAGUCAAUGAAAGCUAAUGCCCCUUGAUAGAAAUCAUAUCUAUAAAUUAGUAUUAACAGUCACACGUGUAUGUUUUUCCUUCUCAGGUACAGACACUUUGCAAAAUAACUUGCGUUUUUGGUUUUAUUGUGCUGUAAUUGGCAGAAAAAUGUUGUUCCUAAUGUAGCCUACUGAUUUAUGCACAAUUUUAUUUGUCACAUUCAUUGUCAUACGGAUCAAUCCACUGUAGUACAUGAAAUACUUUUUUGUGUGGUUUGCUAUGUAUUCACGUUGCAGGUAUAGCAACCAGAAUGUGAGGGUGUUGUUGGCAGAUUUUGCAAAAUGAUGUUGAAUAUUGUUCAUACAUAUUUAUACAUUUUUGGGGGAAAUAUCAGAGGAAGAAGUAAUAGCUGCACGUGCUAGAGGUGAUUUCUGCAAGACCUUGAUAUUCUAAAAUGUGUGAUUCUAAAUAUACAGAUCAAUUUGGCAAUAACAACUACAUGAGGGUUGUUUCAACUUGAUAGCUCUGUAGAUAUUUCUAGUUUGACUGUGAGAAGUGUUAGACUGCCAAAUUUAUGUAUGGUGAUAAUGUGAACAUGAUCACGGCAAUCAAAAUAAGUCCUGUGCACUGAAAUUCAGUUAAUCAGUUGUGAGACUUUUAACAUUAUUAUGACUGAGAUCCCAGCCAAGACAAAUGUGUACCUAUUUAUCAGUUUGUCAUUGCUACUUUUUUAUAUUUACACAUGUUGCACUGCAGAAGAUAACCACAAGAGGGCAUUCUCUAGCCAGAUUUGUUUACACUUACCACAGUGCAUACAGCAGUGCUGCACUCACUCAGAAAAAUUAUUAACAGCAUGAAAGCAGGAAUCUGCUGCAUUCGGAGACAAACCAGUAAAGUACCAGAGUCACUUAUGCUCAUAAGUGUAUUUAUUUUUCCACUGACGACCACAGUAAUGGAGUGUGCAGGGUUUGGAGUGGAAAUAAAGCCACUAAACAGACUAGGCAGGAACAUUAUACAGCUAAUAUUGCAAUAAAUUUUGUGCAGUGAAAUCACAUUAGAUGGCUUACAAUUUGUACAUGACAUUCAUGGGUAAUAUUUCUCCUCGAGGAGAUCACAAGGUACAGCAGUGCAGUGUUGUUUCCCUACUUUAGCAGAGAUGUUCUAGCUUGCAAGAGACAACCAGCCAACAUAGACUGCCCUACUGUUGUUUUUAUUUCAGCAUGGUCAUGGAAUGUAACUGAAGCUGAGGUCUUAUACACAUUUGUUGAUUAUGCAGCACAUUCAGUAGAUAUAACAAGUUCUCACACAGUUCUCUCUAACCUUGAACUUCAUACUUGAGCAGCAGAGUGGCACAGAGAUGCUGAGAGAGCUCUUUGAUCCAGAGAGGCCCAGGCGCAGCUACAGUACGUGUGACCAAAUGAUUUAUUGUCCUCUCCGGACCUCUAAAGUGCCACCCGCUCUGCAGUUUUGAAACAUCCAUUUAUGACUUUGAAAUUCAGUGAGAGACCACAGUCCGGUUCAGAGAGAGAUUUAGCCUCAAAUGAAAUAUUAAUAUGUUGCUGCCCGACCUGGCAUCUAUUGCCCUUGUGGACUUAAGGAUGAACUUCUGGGAAGUUUUCAAGCUGUAGGCACAAUAACCACAAGUUUAUUGUCCUUUUCUUUCUUUUUCUUAAAGCUGGUGCUGCUACUUUCAGCUUCCACAUUAUUUCUUUAUGCCCGGUAUGUUCCACAGAACAGUUGGUAUUUUAUUCUUUAUCUGUGAUGCUGACUGACGUUUAGUUUUGAUGCACUUAUUGUACACACUCUGACAGAUAACUGAGAGGUAAUGAUGUAAUAUAGAUACAGAGGCAGUUCCAGACGGAGAGAUAAAGGAAUGAAAAGGCGUCAGUGAUUUCUAUCAGCGGUCUCUGCUACCUUGCAAGACUUAAUCAUUCCCAGUAAUCAGAAGUUAUUCUGUGCUGCUUUGGUCUUUUCAAAUGACUUCUACACGCGAGACCGGCUUGGAAAGUGGAAGCAGGUUUCUUUUCCGACCACAAGCUAAAAUUACUUUUCUCCUUAUUUUUCAUCGAAGGUCCCUGAAGUGGUUUGUAGACUUAGAGACAAUGACCUAAGCAGUGUUAUGCUGCUCUUUGGUACUUAUUCAUAACAUUUCCUGUCCCAGCGAUUCCAUUACUCCUCUGCUGCCCUUGAGGAAUGUAACUGAGGAAUGUAAUGUUCCUUUCCACCCUUGUUUUCAUCUACAGGACAUAAUUGUGCCAGUUUAAAGCCUUUGUAAUUUCCACAAAUGGCCUCAAAGUUAAUAAAGUGAUGGUUCAA